AGUUUUCCGGCGAAUGGACCUCCGACGCCAUGGCCAUGAACUACCUCCGCCAAGAAUCCACCAAGUUCCUCAAUUGGUUCAAGCAGUCCCUCAUAUACGACCGCCAGAAGCCGUGGUGGCAGCAGAUUCUCGAUCCCAACAGCGACUUCAUCCUUAGAUGGAACCACAUCUUCCUCGUCACUUCCCUCGUCGGCCUCUUCAUCGACCCCCUCUUCCUCCUCCUCCCUCGGAUCCGCAAGAACAAAUGUAUGAACGUCGACAUCCCUCUUGGCUACACCCUCAUCUUCUUCCGCAGCUUUGCCGACGUGUUCUCUAUCGUUCAGAUCGCCAUGAAAUUCCGCACCGCCUUCGUGUCCCGCACUUCCCGGGUCUUCGGCAAGGGAGAGCUUGUGCUUGACAAAAGGAAGAUCUCUAUCCGUUACCUUAAAACCGACUUCGCCAUUGAUCUCGCCGCCACUCUCCCUCUCCCUCAAAUUCUUAUUUGGUUUAUAAUGCCCUUGAAGAAAAGCCCUACUGCUGCUCAUGCUAAUCAUGCGAUAACUCUGGUUAUUAUGCUACAAUAUGUUCCAAAGCUGUUAGUCAUUUUCCCUUUAAAUUGGAAAAUCAUCAAGAACACUGGGGUUGUGGCAAAGACUGCUUGGUCCGGUGCUGCAUAUAAUCUUCUUCUCUAUAUGCUUGCUAGUCACGUUCUAGGAGCUGUAUGGUAUCUGAUGUCAGUAGAGCGGCACUUCUCAUGCUGGAAGAUGGAAUGUAAAAAGCAGGGGAAGAAGUGCAACGCCUUGUUUCUUGAUUGUUCAUACAUCACAAUGCAUAGGCGCCGAGGAUGGGCUAGGUCCACGAAAGUGUUCAAACAUUGUAAUGCUAAAACUACACCGAAUGGCUUUGAGUUUGGAAUGUUUGCUGAUGCAUAUAAUGACCAGGUUGCUUCUGCAAGCUUUUAUGAGAGAUAUUUUUACUGCCUAUGGUGGGGUUUGAGGAGCCUAAGUUCGUAUGGACAAGGAAUGGACACCACCACUAAUACUGUUGAGACACUCUUUAGUUCUCUUAUUUGUCUUAUGGGCUUAGUUAUUUUUGCACUUCUGAUUGGGAACAUGCAGUCCUAUCUUCAAUCUAUGUCAACAAGACUUGAAGAGUGGAGGAUUAAACGUAGAGAUACAGAGGAAUGGAUGAGUCACCGUCAACUACCCCAGGAUCUGCAGGAACGUGUUCGUCGAUUCGUUCAAUAUAAGUGGCUUGCUACCAGAGGAGUGGAAGAAGAAGAGAUAUUGCGUUCAUUACCCUUGGAUAUACGGCGUGAAAUACAGAGGCAUCUUUGUCUGGCUCUUGUUCGCCGUGUCCCUUUCUUCUCACAAAUGGACGACCAGCUUUUAGAUGCCAUAUGUGAGCGGCUUGUUUCAUCGUUGAACACCAAAGACACGUUCAUUGUCCGGGAAGGUGAUCCGGUGAAUGAGAUGCUUUUCAUUAUCAGAGGGCAACUGGAAAGCUCCACCACCAAUGGCGGACGCUCUGGAUUCUUCAACUCCAUCACUCUCAAACCCGGCGACUUCUGCGGCGAGGAGCUACUAACCUGGGCACUAAUGCCCAACGUCAACUUAAACCUUCCAUCCUCGACCCGAACCGUUAAAUCCCUAAUGGAAGUGGAGGCAUUUGCUCUCCGAGCCGAAGACCUCAAGUUUGUCGCCAACCAGUUCAGGCGCCUACACAGCAAAAAACUGCAGCACGCUUUCCGGUACUACUCGCACCAGUGGAGAACGUGGGGCGCGUGCUUCAUGCAGGCCGCAUGGCGGCGGUAUAAGAGGAAGAAACUGGCGGAGGAAUUGGCUCGGCAAGAGAGUAUGAGCUAUAUGCAGUAUACGGAGGAAAAUGAAUUUGGAGAGGGGGAGGAGGGUGGUGGUGAUCCAGCAGCUACUGACGCCAAUGCUCAGCAUCUGAGUGCUACAAUUUUGGCUUCCAAAUUUGCUGCAAAUACUAGGAAAGGGGCUGCUGGGCAUGGCCAGAAGGUGAGAGUGGACCCCGCAGCUGAUCCCAGUUUGCGGAUGCCAAAGCUUUUCAAACCCAACGAGCCCGAUUUUUCCUCAAAUCGUCAACCUACUCGACCAGGUGAUGAUUUUGAGUUGGACUGA